AUGGCGACGCAAAUUUUCCCUUUACUUAUGCUUGCAGACGUAGAUGGAUUAUCUUAUAAAGGAUUCAUUACUGUCAAAAUACAAUUGGAAAACAUUAAAUCAUUAAAAAAUGCAAAAUUACAUGGAAGUCCAGAGCUUAAAAGAUUACUUUUUGGUCAUGAAAAAGCUUUAAAACAGCGUCUUGAACAAUGUUCUACUUUGACCGAGUUCUUUGAAAGUAUUAUGACAAGUGUCAAACGUGAACCUAUACCAGGUGAAAGUUACUACUCAACACUCUUAACAGAAUUGGAUGGCAUCGGAUGGGACAAAUUAGAAUCUCUCGAUCCUUUACUGAAAAUUUUGACUUUAACUUUGAACGACUCGUCAGGUCGAAAACAUAAAAUUUCCAUUUCUUUACCGUUCUCCUAUCCACAAAAACCACUUACCGUUCGAGCCGACCUUCCACCUUCCACAUCCAAAAUUCCAAAUCCAACAACAAGUUUCAAUGAAGUAAUCUCCUUUUAUCUAAAGGAAUUUGAGAAAUUUCAAGAAAUUUGGUCAAUGCUUGAUGAUAUUGAUGCCAAUACAUGGGUAUUAGAACCCGAUAAACCAAAGCGUUGUGAUAUAUCACGAAGGAUUGCAUUAGGAAAUCAUUGUUCUUUAUAUGUUAAAUUGGAUGAAUUGAAUCCCAAAAAAAUUUGUGAUUAUACUUUAUUUGGCGCAGAAAAUUUCAUUGCGCCACUCAAAACCAAUCUUUCAAAGAAUUUUAAUAAUUGGAAUCUUUCGUUUACUGUACGUCAAAAUCUUGAGAAAAUAUUAGAGAUACAUUUUCCUUCACCUGAGACAAGUUCAGCAUCAGAUUUUAACGUCGCGUGUGGGAUUUGUUAUUCUUAUCGUUUGGAUGAUGUAAUUCCAGACCAAACUUGUAGCAAUACUAAAUGUGGUCAACCGUUCCAUCAAGUUUGUUUAUACGAAUGGCUUCGUGCUGUUCCUUCAACUACACAAAUUUAUAAUAGAUUAAGAGGAGACUGUCCAUAUUAUAAUUAUACUUAUCAUAAACGACAAUUAAGUCCUGGGUAA